AUGGAGCUCCUGCUCGUCAUCGUCAUCCUCGCCCUCCUCCCCCCCCUGAUCUUGUUCUAUCUCUUGAGCCCUAAAUCAGAGGGCCCCCUCAAGGCCUAUCCCUUAAUAGGCAUCGUGCCGCAGUUCGUCAAGCACCGCCAUCGCCUCCUGGAAUGGCAGACAGAGCUCCUCACGGCCGCCCCCACCAACACCGUCCACUUCCGCUUCUUCGGCAAGCUCCAGGGUAUCAUCACUGCCAACCCGGCCAACCUGGAACAUUUCCUCAAGUCCAACUUCCAGAACUACCCCAAGGGGCCCCGCCACACCUCCCUGAUGGAGGACUUCCUCGGCCGGGGGAUCUUCAACGCUGACGGCGAGCUCUGGAAGUGGCAGCGGAAGAUGGCAAGCUUCGAGUUCAACACCGGGUCCCUCCGGAUCUUCGUCGUGGAGAACGUCCAGCAGGAGAUUACCAAGCGGCUGCUGCCCCGGCUGCGCAGCGCGGCGGCGAGCGGUGCUGCCGUCGACCUCCAGGACGUGCUGGAGCGGUUCGCGUUCGAUAACGUGUGCCAGGUCGCCUUCAACGAGGACCCCGCCUGCCUCACCGCCGAUGGGGAGGAUCCCGCCGGGGGGGAUGGGCUGCUCCGGCGGGGGUUCGCCGCCGCCUUCCGGGACGCCACGGCCAUCAGCGCCGCCCGUUUCCGGUACGCCGUCCCCGGGAUGUGGAAGCUCAAGAGACUACUCAACGUCGGAUCGGAGAGGCGUCUGAAGGAAUCGAUAUCCACCGUGGACGACUUCGCUCGGAGGAUAAUCCGUUCGAGGAAGAAGGAGCUGAGGUCGCCGGCGGUGGCUGCUGAGGGGUUCCGCCACCAGGACCUCCUGUCACGGUUCAUCGCCGGCGGGGACGACUCCGACGAGUUCCUCCGGGAUAUCGUCGUGAGCUUUAUACUGGCGGGGCGGGAGACGACCUCCUCGGCGUUGACGUGGUUCUUCUGGCUCCUGUCUGAGAGACCGGACGUGGAGAGGAAGAUCCUCGAGGAGAUCCGCUCGGUGAGGACCAGAAGCGAGGGAGAAGGAAAAGAGAAGGAGAGCUUCGGCUUCGAGGAGCUGAGGGAGAUGAACUACCUCCAUGCCGCCAUUACAGAGGCCAUGAGGCUCUACCCGCCGGUGCCUUUCAACAGCAGCUUCUGCCUCGCCGACGACGUCCUGCCGGACGGGACGAAGGUGGGCAAGGGCUGGUUCGUGUCGUACCACCCCUACGCCAUGGGGAGGACGGCGGCGGUGUGGGGGGAAGACUGCGGCGAGUUCCGGCCGGAGCGAUGGCUGGGGGCCGGCGGGGAAUUUCAGCCGGUGAGUUCCUUCCGGUUCCCGGCCUUCCAUUGCGGGCCCAGGACCUGCCUGGGGAAGGAGAUGGCCUACAUACAGAUGAAGUCCAUCGCAACGUGCCUGAUCGAGAAGUUCACGCUGGAGGUCGCCGGCGGCGGCGGGGGUCGGCCGGAGAUGCUGCUGUCUCUCACCCUGCGGAUGAAAGAUGGCCUGCCGGUGCGCAUUAGGGAGAGGGCCACCCCCCGCUCAUCUUCCCCCUCCUGCAAAACCGUAUCGUAG